AUAACAGCUAUCCAUCAAUGACAGAUCCUUACUUGUCCAGUUAUUACCCGCCUUCUAUUGGCUUUCCUUAUUCUCUCAGUGAGGCGCCGUGGUCAACUGGAGGAGACCCUCCCAUCCCUUAUCUCACGACCUACGGACAGCUCAGUAAUGGCGACCAUCACUUUAUGCACGAUGCUGUUUUUGGACAAGCUGGGGGCCUGGGGAACAACAUCUACCAACACAGGUUUAACUUUUUCCCUGAAAACCCAGCUUUCUCAGCUUGGGGGACGAGCGGGUCUCAAGGGCAGCAGACUCAAAACUCGGCUUACGGGAGCAGCUACAGCUACCCACCCAGCUCUCUGGGCGGUACAAUUGUUGACGGUCAGACAGGAUUCCACAACGAUACUUUAAAUAAAGCUCCCGGGAUGAACAGCAUCGAACAGGGGAUGGUCGGGCUGAAGAUUGGCGGGGAUGUUGCAACCUCUGCUGUGAAAACAGUCGGUUCGGUGGUCAACAGCGCUGGGAUGGCGGGUGCUCUGUCUGGCAAUGGUGGCUCUAGUAUCAACUUGCCAGUGGCAAAGCCAACCUCUUGGGCUGCUAUUGCUAGCAAACCUGCAAAACCUCAGCCCAAGAUGAAAACAAAAAGUGGGCCUGUAAUAGGCGGUGCUUUGCCUCCCCCGCCUAUAAAACACAACAUGGAUAUAGGUACUUGGGACAACAAGGGCCCUGUGGCCAAAGUUCCAACUCCCCAGCAGAUCCCGUCUCCUCAGACGGUCCCACAACCGCAGCUUAUUCAGCCUAUCCCUGUCCAAGCUCCUCCACUUACCCAGCUGCCGUACCAGAACCCUCCGCCUCCCCCGCCGCAAAAUCGGUGGGUGGCCCCCCGUAACAGAAACGCAGCUUUCAGCCAAAGUGGAGGGACGAGUAACGAGAGUAACUCGCCUGGGAGCAUCCCGGCGAACUCUAUCCCUGGUGGCGAAUCCCACCCUGUCCUCGAGAAGCUGAAAGCUGCGCACAGUUACAACCCUAAGGAUUUCGAGUGGAACCUUAAAAAUGGACGCGUGUUCAUCAUAAAGAGCUAUUCCGAGGACGACAUUCACCGCUCUAUCAAAUACUCCAUUUGGUGUAGCACAGAACACGGCAACAAGCGUUUGGACAGCGCUUUCCGCUCCAUGAACAGCAAAGGCCCCGUCUACUUGCUGUUCAGCGUCAACGGCAGCGGACAUUUCUGCGGGGUGGCGGAAAUGAGGUCGCCGGUGGACUACGGCACCAGCGCCGGCGUCUGGUCUCAGGACAAGUGGAAGGGGAAGUUCGACGUCAAGUGGAUCUUUGUGAAGGACGUGCCCAACAACCAGCUGCGACACAUCAGGCUGGAGAACAAUGACAACAAGCCCGUUACAAACUCCCGCGACACUCAAGAGGUGCCCUUAGAGAAAGCAAAACAAGUGCUUAAAAUUAUUGCAACGUACAAGCACACCACCUCCAUCUUCGAUGACUUUUCUCAUUAUGAGAAGCGGCAGGAGGAGGAGGAGGUGGUGCGGAAGAUUGAAGACAAGUCUUCAGCUAACUCCAGUUAUGAUGUCCAAAUGUGGUUGCCUUCACUGACUGAGGAACGUCAGAAUCGAAGUAAACAAUAAGAAUAGACAUAUAUAGCUUGAGAUAUAUAUGUGUAUAUAUAUCUGAUAUUAAAUUUGAUUAUGAAAAAUUGAAUCUUUUUUGUUAAGUACUCUGGUGCCGUGUUUUGGCAUCAGAAGAGUGAAAAGCUUUCAGCUCCAAUAUCUUUGUGUGUGGGUGUGUGCGUGUGCGCACGGGGGAAUUAAAUGGUUGCAUCUUUAAGUACAUUGUAAUUUUUUUUUUGUUUGGCCCAGAUGAAUAUGCAUUAAUUUGUAUCUUUUCUAUGUACAAUGCUGUAGAAACCAUUAAUAAAGGUGUUACCUGUUUUUUAAAAAUGAAUUUAAGUUGCUUAAACAGUUUCAUAUAAUAUGUGGUUAUAAUUGGGAAUUCAGAAAACAUGAGUGUCUCCCAAAGACGUCAGCACAAAUUAUGUUUUCUAAUCUGGAAAUUCACCUUAAUUUUUAAAAUCUAUGUGCUACAGAUCCUUUUGUCUCACCGUCCCCAUUAUUGUUUUUGAUUUUUCAGGGCAAGCAUAAAAACUCCCUUUUCCUGAAUCUUUCACUUUCAGCUUGUUUAUUUUUUUUUAAAAAGCCCUAAGCACGUCCCAUGAUUUUGACAUUAGUGCAGCGAAUUCAGGCCACUAUGAGUAGACCCCGUUUCAUCUGUUCCACUGAUUUUUUUUUUUAAAGUACACCUUGCUUUCCUGUAGAAAAGCAUAAUUCAUGGGGGCCCCUUCUCGUGCAAGCCACAUAUGUGAAAAUAGCUCAAACGCACAACCGUGCUCUCGCCUGUUUCAUGAGAAAUGCUCCUCGUGGGUUGUGGCCUUAUAUCUGAAGAUAGGUGGUUUUUUUCCCCCCUUUCCCGGUUGGUAAACUGGUGCUUGUUCAGGGAGCAUCGUGCAGAAGGCGAGAGGUUUCUUCCUUCUCCAAUCAUUGUCUUGUUUCCUUUGUAGAUUAUCGAUUAAAUAAUGUCAGCAUUGCAGGGUUUGUGGCAAUGUGGUUGUUUGUUUUAUUUUAUUUUUGGUUCUCAGCUUCCUGUUAAACACUUCCCCCUCCUCCUCCUUUUUCACGUCUCCAAAAUGCCAUUUAAAUUUUUAUACCAGUAAUGGUGAGCUUUAAUAUAGAAUCUUAGUACAGACUUAUAUGAUGAAUUAUGCUUCAGAUGUUUAAAAUUGACAAGUGUUUGUAUUUUUUUUUCCUGUUGGAUGAGUAAAAAACAAAAAAAGCCUACUGUUUUAAGAAAAUGGGAUUUGCUGUCAUGUUUUUUGUGGAAUGAGGGAGCUGUGUGAAGAAUUAGCCACCAAUCGGAAUUUCAAAAUUAAGCAUGAAUUUCUUUGGUGCUCAUGCCUGUUGCUCUAGCACACCGAAUCUGCACGUGUAUUGUAGAGGAUCUUUUACUUAUUAUUAGAAAGCAAAUAUCUUCUGAAAACUUAUUUACUCGGAGAAAAAAAAGGACCUCCAAUUUAAGUGAAAUUUAAGCUGUAUCAUUUAGACGUAUUUAGAAUAUAUAGCUUUGUCUCUGGACUAUUACUUCUGGUGUAAGGAGUAACGGCCCGCAUCGGAUUUAACUUUUUUCCUCUAGGAGAAUACAAGCCUUAAUAAAUAAUACCUACUUAGCA